CACUAAACCAAUGAUUGAAAUCAACUCGAUUGAUUUCAACUCCUGUCGCCAAAUUGUUUGAUUUUCGAGCCGUACUUGCGAUACCUGACUCUGUUAACAUCACAGAGGGAAUAAUGGAAUUGAGUUAGUCGUCGAGCAGCUCGGACUCCGAAAACAUGGCUGGUAUUUGUCCCCGGGAGGCGGUUCGGGUGAAAGUGAAGAAAUGCGAGCCCACUGCUCGACCGGAGUGGCGCAAAUUCUCCGUGGACCCGCAGAUCACUACGCUAGAGGUUCUCUACUCCCUACUGGCCAAGGCCUUUGAUGUUAAGUCGGACUUCUCCAUCAAGUACAAGGCCUUCGACCCCGCUGGGAAUGAGAUCUACCUGGCCGUGCGCUCCGACUGGGAUCUGGACGCCGCCUUCCUGCGGAUCCACAACAUAUCCAUUCAGACGGCCUCUGAGCCCUGCCUCAUUCUGCAGAUCGACGUGAAACCCUUCACGGUGGUCCGCGAAUGCGAGACGGAGGCUUCGCCAGGGAGAUCCUCCUCGGGAGCACCUGCUGCCGCCACUCCUGCUCCAUCUGCGCCCGCCCGAGAGUUAAUGUCGCCGCUACAGACCCUAGGGGUCUCCCAGAAGUACGUGCAGCACAUGCAGACCAAACUUGGAAGUUCCAUCUUGAACCAAAUGGAGAAGACUUUCUCGAUUGUGCAAAAAGCCUUUAAUCUAUCGGAGGAGCAUAUGGCGAAUCUUCCACCGCGACCGCCCAUGUGCGACAGCGAGUUUCGGUUGUUCUUGGACGCCCUUGGCCAAAUUCAGCGCAAGGAUGAGCUGCACAGAGUAAUCUUCUUGGGCGGCAUUGAUCCCAGCUUGCGGCGAGUGGUGUGGAAGCACUUGCUUAACGUUUAUCCCGGCGGCGUGAAUGGUUUAGCUCUGGAUGGCCACCAGCGAAUGGAAUUUAUGCGUCGGAAGUCGGAGCAGUAUUGCCGUCUACGGGACACCUGGAAAGCAGCCGUAAAACGAGGCAGUGUAGCCGGCGAACUGGCUUACGUGACUAGUAUGGUUAAGAAGGAUGUGCUGCGCACGGACCGUCUGCAUCCGUUUUAUGCAGGCAGCGACGACAAUCAGAAUAUCGCGGCGCUCUUCAAUAUCCUUACGACGUAUGCUCUGAACCAUCCGACAGUGUCUUAUUGCCAGGGUAUGUCGGACAUCGCCUCCCCGCUGCUGGUCACCAUGAACGAUGAGGCGCAAGCCUACAUCUGCUUCUGUGCCAUAAUGUCGCGGGUGCGGGGAAACUUCAUGCUGGACGGAAUUGCGAUGACGCAGAAGUUUGCCCAUCUUACAGAGGCGCUUAGCUUUUAUGAUCCAGAAUUCUGGGAGUACCUUAAAUCGCAGCAGGCAGACGACCUACUCUUUUGCUAUCGCUGGCUUCUCUUAGAGCUGAAGCGGGAGUUUCCCUUUGAGGAUGCCCUGCGCAUGUUAGAGGUUCAGUGGAGUUCGCUGCGCUACAGAAGCGAUGGAGAAAAAGAGCUACCGCUCUUCGAGAAGGAAUUUGUACCUAUUGCGGAUGGCUCCAUGCCAAACAGCGCCAGCACAUUUUCCAGCUCUUACAGCGCGACGCCGACCAGCCCUUCUUAUCUCCUGACUAAACCGCGUGAGAAUCCCUACACCAAGGUGUGUGCCCUGCGCCGUCAAAGCUCCUCCGCCUCUCUCAGCUCACUCAGUUCAUCACUAGGAGCCACUAGUCACGCCCUGGACAAUACGAAACGGCUUAAUCUCAGCCUCGAUGACAAUAUGUCGCGACAUGCGUCCGCUGCUGCUCGCCGCCAUAGACGCACUUCGUCCAAGGUCCAUCAGAGUCUGGAUGAAUCUAAAAUGUUGGCGCUGAUUGAGGGCGCCAUGGAGAAUACGAACGCCAAGUGUACUCUGGACUUGUCCGCCGGUGAGGAAACCGAGGACGAUGAUGUGUUUGAUAGAAAGGAGUCGCCUAGCUUUUUGGAAACCAAUCCAUUUAAGGACGAUGCGCAAAGAGCACCGGAAAAAGUAAAUGAAAUAACACCUCCUGUCUCGCCAGGACGGGCCUUUCUCUACAGUUCGACAUCCUCCAAUCUGGACGAUGAGUCUAGCGAAAUAAAAUCGAAGCUGCAGCACAAAAACAUUUUGACCGUGAGCAACAUCAUUGCCAAGCAAUUGGUCACAAAUGCCAACCAAGUUAGCGAGAGCGUCAAGCGAGUAAGCAGCUCCGGUGGAGGACAUUUUAAAGAUCUCAAAGAAAAGUUGGCGGCGACCAGUCGCAUCGGGCUGUCCUUUGAUGGGGAUGGGGAAGAAGACAGCGAACGAAAGAUGCCGCCAAAGCUUGUAAAAAACUUCAACGAAUUCCUCAAUUUCGCAACUAUAAACAAGAACCGUAUAUCAGAUCGUUUCGCCACACAGCCACAACAGCCAACCGCUCCAACUUCGGUCUCUAAGCCGCUGGUACAACUCACCAAGAGCGGGCUGGGAAGCUCCCUGGACGAGUCAGAUUCCUCCUCGGUGCCGGAGACCAGCUGGAGCGCCUCUACAGCCGCGACGGCCAUUCAGCAGGCGCAGGAGCUGAGCAGCUACAACCUGCAGCUGGAUCUUGAAAGCAACCACACUUGCGAACCGGACGACACGAACACGCCGGAUCAGGAUCAGGAUCAGGAUCAGGACCCCGACCAGGAGUACUAUCCCAUGACGACAGCAAUAACGCGUGAGCUGCGUUUGGAGGCGGAGAAUCUUGACCGUCAGGUUUUCGGGCUGCCAUUCACGGAGAGCGAGAAGCGGGAUGACAUUGAGUACGAGAAGCUAGACAAAGACGCUCUAGACCUGGUGGAGGAUCUGAAGGAGAACGAGAUUAUACCCUGUCCCGAUGUCAGCGAGCUUCACAUGCGUCGUCGCCAGCGACUGGCGGCCAAGAGCAACAGCGUCCAGCAAAACGAGUCGCAUGCCUUCAACCCUUUCAUCGACGAGAGUCAGCUUCUGCUGGAUGGGCACACUCCGCUGGGCAUGCGCAACAGCAGCAGCCUACCGGAGGUGAUCCUGCCCAUUUCCACGGAGCCCAGCCUGGUGGAGGUCUCGCCUUUGGUAGAGAUUGCCACGAAUGCGGACGAUGAAAGCGCCUACACGCGAUCCCCUCAGCGGUCAACCCAACUCAAUGGAGUCACUGGACUGACUGCCACGGCAGCAGCCCUUCCUCCGCCCUCGGAAUUCGGUGGCGGCAAUGCCUUCCUCAUGUUUCUGUGCCUCACUUUGCUGUUGCAACACCGCAACACGAUCAUGAAGGCGGGCAUGGACUACAACGAGAUUGCGAUGCAUUUCGACAAGAUGGUGAGGAAGCACGAUGUCACUCGGGUGCUCAACCAGGCCAGGCGCAUGUUUGUGGAGUACCUCAAGGCGCAGAGCAGCCCGCAACGCCAGCGGUCUCCCAGCGGACCAGCUGCCACUCAAUCGACUGGUGGUAACUUGACCACCUCGAUGCCAGCGUAAGAUAAAGAUAACUCCAGCUUCAGUGACACCAUAGUAUUUCCAGAGUUUGGACUAUCAGUUGAAUUAGCCAACUUCAUAAGUAUCUACCUCCUCUUGAAGUUGUACAUCUGCUUCCCGAUUUUCAUUAUAUUAUUUGACUAACCCAAAGCCAUGACAUUUCUAAGCUCUAAACUAGUUUUUUCUUGUUUGUUGCGGUGUCAAAAAAAACUUGUUCAGACCAGGCGGAUUUAAUGGAGUCUUGACUUGAUAAAUGCAUAAACUCAUAAUUCCUACUUUAUAUUUAUUAGUAUUCUCGCUCAAGGUGGAUGGCCGCAAACGCACUUGUUAUUAAACCCAAGUGUAAAACCAAAGUUUUUUUUGUACGUAAACGGAUUUUGUACUUUCUUAUUUUUAGUUAAGCUUUUAUUUGUAUUUAUUUAUAUACGUAUCUGCAGUUUUGCCAAAUGAUGAAAUUUCGUUAACCGCUUUAUUUCACUAGUCUGCUGCAAGCAAAAAUUGAAAAUGUUUUCCGUCUUUUAAAAUCAUCUCAAAAAUGUUUAGCUAAUUAGCUAAAACCAUCUCAAAAAUGUUCAGCUAGUUAGCUUUUCUGAGAAAAAUUCAGUCAAAAAAUUAAUUCUUUCCAAAUAAAGGCGCUAGCAAAACGUGGCUCAGGUGGAAAUCUAACAGUAGAAAACCUGGUCCGGCUCGACCAGUCGCCCAAAGAAACUGGACAUUGUUUUAAGGAAGGCGACUUUUUUGUUAACUUUUAUUUUACUAGUCUGCUGAAGCAUUCCAUGCUCUUGUAAAGAUUAUAUUUCAGUUUUGAAUACACAGCGUAUUAUUAAUUAAUGCAAUUAAAUUGAAAGAAAACCUUUAACCCAAUUUACUAUGAUCUUAUUAUCUCUAAACGUUCUGUAACCUAUAAAUCUAUAAUCUGAAUCGGAUAGUAAUUUUGUAAAUUAAAAUUGAAACCAAAUGGUUAGAGUUAACGAUUAUGCUAUAUAUGAAAACCAACUUUUAAACAAUCGAUCAAUAAACUAAUUCGAAAUAAUCACAA